CCGCCACCGCCACCAGCAAGCCACGGAGCAGCAAAGCAGCACAGCCACGGAGGAGGAGCAAAGCAGCACCCACCUCCACCAGCAAAGCAGCAUACAGGGCCGCCACCUUCUUCCGGGACAACCACUUGGCGACCAAGGAGGUUUGGGCCGCCGCCACCUCCACCAGCAAAGGAGCAUACAGGGCCGCCACCUUCUUCUGGGACAACCACUUGGUGGCCAAGGCCCGCUCAUGACACGAUAACAUGGCAACCAGGGUCGCCUGUCUUUCACACGUUUUCAUCGCCGCCUCCGCCUGGCCCCUUGUCUAUUGCUCCGCCUCUGGGGUCGUCAUCAUCAACAGCAGCAGCAGCAGCGGCAGCGUUUGCAACACCGGGGCUGCUUGUGGCAGGCAUCGUCCUUUUCCUGCUUGCUAUGGUGGCCAUCAUCACCGGCAUCUGGAUACUCGUGAAGGGAAGAAGAAAGAAGGCGAACGACAUCCUGGUGCGCUACGUCGGGAGCAGCCAUCUUCCUGGCGGUGGCAGCAGCAGCAGCGGCAGUCAGCGAGAGUAUCUCGUUCCCUUGAGCAAGAUUGAGGACGCAGAGCUCCGGGACAAGCUCAAUUCCUUCGUUCAAGAGAGGAGCAAGCAGCACCUUCGACCGUCGCAGCUAAAUCCCAGCACAAAGGUGGCCAGUCCUCCACUCGCGAGGCCUCCAAGGCGGCUGCCACCUUCGGCUUUUCUCAAGAUGAAUCCAAUCUAUGGUGCUGCUACCGAUUCGGUUGACGACCGCCUGACGCCGCCAUUGGGACGAGAUCCACCAGCAGCGAUCCACGGAGUCGACGAGCACAAGAAGGUGCCAAGAGCUUCUCUCCCGGAGGAUCCAUUCUUGUCGAGUGCUGCUCGUCGGAGCGGCAAUGAUCGAAGAGCCCAGGAACAGGCUUUGGAUCCAGUGUCUCAUCGUGGCACUGUGUUCGAUCCUGGAGAUGCUUUCGUUGUUCGGCUUGCGGCAGCAGCGGAGAAGCGAGCUGAGAUGGAGAAGCACAUGCAAAGGAUCACCGGGUUUGGGAUGAGGAGGCCCGGCAACAAGCACUCCCACAGGAUCCGUGAGGUGGAGAAUCUGGAGAAGCCCGUGGUUGAGGCAAAUCACUCGGCCAAUUCUGGAGGUUCGCAUUUGGCUGCUUGUGUACACGACUCAGAUGCCAAGGCACAGAAUGAAGAUUCAUGA